GAGUUUAUAGCUUGGUGUUUUUUAUUCAGGUCAUCCUCUUACCCAGCACAGCGCGGACACUUGUGAACGGGCUCUGCUCCCAAUGUUUACUUCCCCAGCAUGUCUCUUCCAGACAGGAAAAAGUAACGCUUCGGUUUAUCGAAGAUAUCUAUAUGAUGAGUCGAUUGGAAAGCCACUAUGUUUGUACGGCUAAUGCACUAUAGCUUACAGUAGUUAGGACACCUUCCUCUCUUGUUGUCGACAAUUGGAGAUCCUCUCGUGCUCCAUGAUGGCGAUGUUUCGGAGCUUGGUCUCGGCGAGCACCCUGCUCCGCCAGCAGCAGCAGCCGCAGCUGCCGCAGCAGCAGCAGCCCAGCAGCGGCUCCGGCUCGCUGGCAGCCCCGGCGGAGGGCAUCGAGAGCCAGUUCUCUUGUCCCAUCUGCCUGGAGGUCUACCAUAAACCCGUCAGCAUCGCCAGCUGUGCUCACACGUUCUGUGGGGAAUGUCUACAGCCAUGUCUUCAGGUGACCUCGCCCCUCUGCCCUCUCUGUCGUGUGCCCUUUGACCCCAAGAAAGUGGAGCGCUCCUCCAGCGUGGAGAAGCAGCUGGCCUCAUACAAAGCACCCUGCAGGGGCUGUAACAAGAAGGUGGCUCUGGUAAAGAUGAAGUCCCACAUUGCUUCCUGUUCUAAAGUACAGGAGCAGAUAGCCAACUGUCCUAAGUUUGUCCCUGUGGUCCCCACCUCCCAACCUAUACCAAGCAAUAUUCCAAACCGGUCAACAUUUGCGUGUCCGUUCUGUGGGGCCAGAAACCUGGACCAGCAGGAGCUGGUGAAGCACUGUAUGGACAGCCACCGCAAUGACCCUAAUAAAGUGGUGUGUCCGGUGUGUUCAGCCAUGCCGUGGGGAGACCCCAGCUAUAAGAGCUCCAACUUCCUCCAGCAUCUCCUCCACAGACACAAGUUCUCUUAUGACACCUUUGUUGUAAGUCCUCUUGAGUGGUAUCUCUCCAUGUUGAUACUUUUUUUUUGUCCAGGUUUGGAGAUUCCCUCAACCACAGUACAAUAGAGGACUACAGCAUUGAUGAAGAAGCAGCGCUGCAGGCAGCUCUGGCACUGUCGCUGGCUGAAAACUGACAACAAUCACACCACAGCCACCCUCUCACCGUGAGAACCAACUCGACCAUGACUGCUGCCACUCUCGUCCCUCUGCACUGCUGCUGUUCCUCACGUCUCAGAAGAUAUCAUCCAGCCGAUAGACACAGCUGACCCCGCCAGGUUCACACAGUCUCUACGGAAAGCCACAUCGCAGAGAAGUCCAGCCAUGUUUGGAUUUGGUGAUAAGCUUACUUCCUUUUUUGGGGGGGGUUUUCCUCGGGUAGCGGACAGCCAGUUUGCUAUGCUACAGAACAAAAGCAGUUGGGAUGUGUCUUCACUGCUUCAUUUGAUUUGAUGAUUUGAAGAUAAAACAUUCUGUGUGCUUGGAAUGGAUCCAGUGGGCAGGUUUGUAGUUGAGACCACCUAAACCGAGACCAAGUCACCACCAAGACCAGAGUGUAUCGAGACCGAGACAAGACCGAGACCAAGGCCGGGCGAGACCGGGUCAAGACCAAGACGAGAUUUGUGUUAGACAGCCAGAGCUUCUUCUCCUGUCUCCCACAAUCACUUUCUUGGGAGUGUGUGUAAAGGGGGCAGGGAGAGGGGGCUUUACGGUAACCAAUUUCAAAUAAGAUAUAAGCCAAGUAAGUGGUUGCAUCCGCAAGUUUUAACACAUAGGCUUACAUCAGACAAUGCACAGGCAACUGCGAAAUCCCAGCAGUUGUGGUCUUGACCGGUCUUGAAAUAAAAUGCAGAGUCCUCUUUAUCCAAGAACGGUCUUGAGACCAAGACUGAUCUCGAGUACUACAACACUGCCAGUGGGUGUUUAACAUAAACUACGUUAAAAUACCAAUCUACAGCUUGGAAACAGUCCGUCCACUCACAUCUUCAGAUUGUCUGGACCACCACAGCAUGAAGGGCUACCUCCAUUAAGCAAAUGUCUUGUGUGUGAGUGUGUAACAUCCUGAAGCCUGCUGACUCUUAAACACUCGUCAGUGGCCACUAGUCACUGGCUAGGAGUUCCUUAUUGCUGGUACUCACUGUGAAGAACUUAUUCUACAGAUUGGUCUGCAGUGAGCAAGUUUGAACGGGCACUUUUUUUGAUGAGUUAACAUACAGUAGCUAGCACACAAGGGCUAAUUAGGAAGUAUUUUGCAAAGGUACAACAAUGAAUAAAAUACAAUGAAUAAAUAGCUCCUCUAUAUCUCCCCAAAUGGUGCAAAAUACAACACACCAACUCUAAAGUUGGUGUGUUGUAUUUUGCACUUAACAGACCAAACAAAAUCAUAGGAGUCAGAAACGCAGGUUUGUUGACCAUACACACAACAGAAGAGUUCAUCCUGUUGCUUAGUUCUGUAAGUUCAAGACUGAGCUGCUCAAAGUGUGGUUGCACGGCAACACGUGCAACGGUACUGCCCAUGGCAUCUUCUAAUGGUCAUGGUCAGUAGGUCAGAGCAGUGGUUCCCAACCUUCGGGACCCCCUAGAGCAGGGGUGUCAAACUCAACUUCCCAGAGGGCCACACUGGAAAAAGAGAAUCACACCAA